CUCACGAACUGCAUCUCCCGUGACUCAGCGAGUGUCACUAAUUUUACUCUGGUUGCAAAUGGUUCAAGAGAUGUUGUGAAAGUCUUGCACCUGCUCAUCAGUAUCGACAGACUGAUGCACAGCUCCUGUCCCGCAUGAGGUAGCAGAGCCAUCGCGUUCAUUUCAGAAGACUCAGCAAAGCUCCCUAUAGUCAUGGACAAACAGCCCAGGGUGGUGUUUCGAAAUGUGGGGCAAGUGUACUUCCCCCAAACCAGGGUGGAGUGCCACUACAGUCUGACCUCAGACCAUCAGUGGAGCAAUAGUGACUGGAUAGGAAUUUUUGAGAUGGGAUGGACUUCAGUCAAACAGUAUUACACAUACACAUGGGCUACUGUUCCUGAAGGAUACACAGAGGGAACCAGUGUUGACUUCUGUGCAGUUUUCCAGGCAUCAUACCUGCCCCGCCCCAGUACUGUAGAGUACCAAUUUGUGUAUGUGGACAAGAUAGGAGAGGUGUGUGCCCGUAGUCGUCCCUUCACUUUCUGUGCACCCAAGCCGCUUGAGGAGCUUGAGACCCUGAAAGAAGAAGAAGAUGCAGAGGAUGGAGAAGAAGAGCUGCUCUUAGUCAUUCCCAGAGCUCAGCUGCUGCAGAGUCGGCUGGAGGAGUGCUUAAAAAAGCAAGGAGGUCUGCAGCAAGCGUUGGAUGUAGCAAAAAAGGAGAUGGAGAAUGAGAAAGAAAACAGCAGAAAAACAAGAAGUGAAUGGGAAUAUGAAAGAGAAGCAAUGAAGGAGGAGAUCAUGGAGCUCAGAGGCAACCUGAGACACAGCCGCGAGAUGCUGAAGACAAUCGAGGAUGCGAAAUACAGUCAAGAAAGUCUGGCCUCUGAGCUGAGUAAACUUGCGGCUGAAAAAGCUGAAAGAGAGCAGCGCAUCAAAGACCUGGAGGAGGAUGUCGAGAUUCUGGCUGAGCGAGAGACAGAGCAAAACAGGGAACUGGAAAGGCUGAAAGAAAGAGUGAAGAAAAUGUCCUGUCAAAUGAAGCACGAUGAGGAGAAGAGGAAGUCUCUGCAGAUGGAAAAUGAGGAUGCUCUGGCCGAGGCACGACUGCUCCAGGAACGUCUCGAGGCCAGCGACCACGUGGCAGAAGGCCUGCGUAGGGAGCUGAGGGACCUGAGCACCCGACAGGGUCACACCCACACUGACCUGCACCAAGCCCGACUCCAAGUGGCCCAGCUCACACUGCAGCUGUCUGAGGAGAACCUCCUCCUGAGGGAGGAGAGGGCCAACUGGGCUUUGGAGAGAGAGGCAUACAGACAUGCAGCAGAAACUGACAAAAAGAAGCUGCAAGAUCUUGCCUGCGAGGUGCAGAAGAAGGAAGAGUGGCUCCAGGAGGAGAGGAUGGAGAGGGAGAGACUGGAAGUGCAGCUCGGGAGAGAGAAAGACUAUAAUAAAGUGCUGCUGGGUGAGGCGAAGCGUGAGCUGCAGGAGCUGAGGGCCAGUUUGAGAAAGGUCCAGAAAGAAAGGGAGGAGGAACAGCUUCAAAACCAGGAUUUGGUGAACUACAUCCAUCAGUUAGAGCAGAGAUUAGGGAUUGUGUCAGAAGCUGAAGCAAGCAGUACAGCUCCCACGUGCGUAUCUCCUGGCUCUACCCCUGCGAGUGAUGAGAGUGCUUCCUCAGCUUCCUCCAGGUCAGUCUGUGCACUUGUUUCCUCGUCCAAUGACCUGAAGCAGCCCGACAGAGCUGAGAUUCCUCCUGAGAUACAGAUCCAGAGCGAGGAAGAAGACACACCAGCCUCUGACACACAGGAUGAGGAAAGGGAGCAGCGUGAACCCUCCGCUGCUGAAAGAAAGAAACUGAUCCUACCAGAGCUCAUCAACCCCGUCCUCAGUGAGCUGGCUGACUCCCCCAUGUGGUAACACAGGGAUGGAUGGCAGGUUUCCCGUGUACCACUGCGGUAUUAUUUUAUAUGGGUCAUAAGAACACUUGAGACCUAUAUAAAGUCCCCGUCACAAAGGGUAUUGUGCUUUUACCUCAUGAGUGUCAUUUAGGAAUUUGCAAGUCUUAAGUGGGCUAAUUUUCGCUGUUGUUUUAUGCUGUUUGUGGUUUUAAUUCUGAUGCAAACUUAGUGACACUCAGGAUGAAUUUUAAGUGCAAAUUGAAUUUUUGUUUUCCGAACUUUUAGAUGAAGAAUCGUAUUUUCGAACUUUUAUUUCAUUAUUAGGUGUCUGUGUCACAGCUGUUGUGAGAUAUCAGUUGCACACACUAGCCCCCCCUGGGCUCUGCAUGUGAGUGUGACUGCACAAAGUGUGUCAAGUGUGUGGGUGUGGGUCACAGUCAAGUGCAAAAUGCUUUGCUCCUGGCUCGUUUGGUGCAGUUCAGGUAAAGGUUUGUUAUUCAAUGGUGCUCUUUAAUAAAACAUAAUAAUGAAUACCAGGUGA